GUUCGCGGAAAGCACCAUCAAUUUUUUUGAAUGUUUUAACUGAAAAAGAAAAACCAAAAAAAAAGAAUUUGAAAUUCUUAGAAUCUAGGGAUAAAUUGUCGCUGGAGGAAUUAUGAGGGAUUCACAUUUUGCGGAAGUGGAAUCAAAGUAACCUAUAUAUAUAUAUCCAAAAAAACUGUUGGGGAUAAAUUAUUCGUCAAAGAUUAAUCUCAGGAGUAUAUGGAUUAUGUUUAGAAUAAUAAUUAACAAUAUUAUUUUUUAAAGAAAAUAUAUCAUAAUAAUAAUAAUAAUAAUUUUACGAUUGUAAAUCAUCGCCUGCUACACAACAUUCGGAUACACUGGGUCACCAUUCCUAUUUCGAAAAAUAAUAUGACUCCAAAAAAAAAUGUAUUUAAUCAUUAUAACCCAUAUUGCGAAUAAAAGCAUUUAAAUUUGACAGAAUGACGUAAUGCCAAUAAAAAAUUUUCUAAGAAAUUAUUAAAAUAAUGGAUUCCACGUGGAUUUUAGGCAUUUUAAAGAUUUUAGGGAUUUUAGCCCUAUUCCGCAUUUCCGAAUUCGUGACAGGGUUUACGAGUUGCGACAUUCCGACAAUGGAUAGGAUCAUCGAUAUUCCAGAAAAUCUUCCUAAAGGCUCAAUAGUCAAAACGAUCAGCGUAGUAGGUGGUCAGAAGAUAGGCGAGAUGAAUAGGGUUAAUAUAACGCUAGACUCUAAUCCUUACGUGCGUUUAGACUAUAGCGGCAAUUUCGAUUUUCGUUUACUAAGAUCCCUGGAUGCCGAGAGAGACCCUAUCUCAAUCAAAACGCAUUUAAGGUGUAUCGAUUCUACUACUAACAUGAUGAUAACUCAAGAUGUAUCCUUGAACAUUUUGGAUGUCAAUGAUAACAGCCCCUACUUCGAAAGGGAUUUAUACGAUAUUCAAACUAGCGAAUUGAUCCCGAUUGGGAGUUCUCUGAUACAAAAUAUCAAAGCCAUCGAUCUAGACAUCGACUCUCUAAAUUCUAGAUUGACUUACAGAAUUGAAGAUGGUCCUUACUCGGAAUACUUUUCCAUUCUCGAUACCAGAAUACCUACUGUGACUUUGGUCAAGCCUUUAGAUUACGAAAAAAUACGUUCCAUGCAUUGCACCAUAAUAGCCGAAGAUUCUGGCCAGCCAAAAUUGAAAAAUUCUACCAUCCUUAGAGUCACUAUCCUUGACGGCGACGAUAAAAAUCCUUUGUUUUAUCACAGCAAUUAUUGGGCUAUUGUUCCGGAUAAUUAUACCGAAGAAGUUGAAUUGCUAAUUGAACCAGAGACUAUAUCGGCUUACGAUCAAGACGAAGGCAUAAAAUCUCAAAUAGUAUAUUCUUUUGAAGGGACAGUCAACAAUGACACUACAGAUGAUGAACUGUUCAUGAUUCAUCCUAUAACCGGCAAGAUCUAUAUCAACAAAAAAAUCCCGGAAAACGAAGCAUACUUCAUUAUAAUAAAAGCAACGCAAACGGAUAAUUUUGAUAGGUACGCUACUACCACGUUAAAAAUUCACUCACCACGUUACAAUCAUCUGCAGGAUAAAAAUCACAACAUGGUGGCUAUAGGUAUGGGUGACGAACCUUUAAAAAUGAAUAUAAGUGAAGACGUCAUACCGGGAACAAUGGUUAUGAGCCUAGGAUCUAGGCUCGGUUCAUUUUACCCCGUAUUAUUCGAGAUUCCCAUAACCGAAGGCAACGGCACAGCUUUGCCGUUUAAUUUAACUCAAAGGGGUGAUAUUAUAGUCACUCGUUCCCUGGAUUACGAAAAGAAAACCUUUUACGAGAUGGACGUGGAUGUGAUCUAUAUUAAUGCCAACAAAACGGAGAAUAUCAAAGUCAUACUGCACAUCCUCAACGUGAACGAUAACGCUCCCAAAUUUUCCAAAGAUUUUUACACCUUUCACGCCGAAAGGAAGAACGGGGGACUGGUAGGACAAAUAAAUGUAACUGAUGGCGAUAACGAUGAUAUGGAACUCAAAAUUAUUGGAUCCAAACAUUUUACGAUCGAUAAACAUGGCAAUAUCUUUAUGUUCGAUCCCGAAAAAUUGACAGAAGAAAUCUAUGAAAUAACUCUGUUAGCCAUAGAUAAGGGUACAACCCGCAGAACUGCCACUUCUCAAAUUCUAAUCAAACUGCCUCCAUUAAAUCUCACUUCUACAAACAGUUUAAUAGACGGUUCCGAUAACAACAAGUAUAAAGGUUUUUGGGAGAAACGAGACAAUUAUUUGAUAAUCAUGGGAGCACUCUUAGGGUUCGCCCUCGUAUUUAUAUUACUCCUGUCGAUACUCAUAGCCAAAAACAAAUGGUGUAAAUCUACCAAUAGGGUCAGCGAUAAAUACCCGGAAAAUGGCAGGAGGUCACUCAAUUCUUCGACAAACUCUAGACUAUCGCGUUACUUUAACCAAGAACAACCACCCAGGGUGAAUGGAAAUUUACAUUCCUCUUCUAUACACCCUAUUACCUAUACCUCCAAUGUUCCACCGGAACAUAACAACGCUAUUCCCGUGGACCGUAGAGGGCAUAUCCCAUUUCCAAAUAAUGUAUACCAUUACAACUCCACUGCUUAUAAUAUCAAAAACAACAGCCACGGGUACGUACCUUUUAACACAAGCUACAAUCCUUACAUGGCUCAAGGGAUGACAACAAAAUCGGAUUACGACAAAACGAAUGAUAUAGUAAACUCCCUUAAUUCACCAUCAAAUAAUAUGGUUUUACUUAAUAACCCUUUGACUAAAAAUGACAAAGAUGACUAUAAGACACUAUUAAUAACUGACGAACAUCACGUUGCUGCACGUGCUGCUCAAACUAUUCAAUCACAAAUUUCCGGAAAUUUUAAGGAUCGGGAUAUCUUUGGCAUAGAUAGUACUAUUCCUUCGCAUUCUCAGCCUUUCCAGCAUACCGAUAUUAUUGAUGUGAAUAGUCUAAAUAACGGCUUACCAAUAACAACAACUUACAACGAUAUAAGGCACUUUCCUAAUUCAAAUUCGCAGGAAAUGUCUAAUCCAUUAACAUACGUCAAUUCUUACAUAAAAGAACCCAGUGAACCCCACCAUUUAAUCAACGGACCACUUUUAAUAUCCGAGGAUAGAGACUUUGUAAGCCAACGGUCACCAUCAUUGAGUAGUCAUAAAAAUGUUGACACAGUUAAUCAUAUGCAAAGUAACAGUUCGCCCUUAAGUGACUCUUUAAAUGUAACGAAGAGUAGUAGCCUACAAACGCAUCACUGCUGCAAAUUCCAUUCUAUGAUCCCUAGGAUCAAAAUAUGCCCAACUACUAAUAUAAUCGACCCUUGGUUGAUGUCAAAUACGGCUGUUUCAAAUAUUCCCAAGGACAAUCUCUCCAAAAAGUGUAUAAAAAUUGCGAACCCAUCUCAAAUCGAAGCCCUGAAUUACCAUGGUCACCAUAGGCCAAAUCCAAAUGGUUCUAAUCCAUUCCUGAGUUAUAAUGGACAAAUGGCUACAAACGGCGGUUUGCUUCCCAUUUUCGGCCAACCAAUUAUGAUAGAAAAGGAGUUUAAUAACGGCGGCAACCAAGGCACGCUUUACACAUUUACUUCCCAUUUAGGCGUUCCUUCUAACCCACUAACCAAUAAGGUCAAUAAAGAAAUUUAUCCCGCUAGAUACGACUCCAAUAUCAUAGAUUUUAAUAACCACCAAGGCGAUAAAAUGAUAAAUAAUUCGUAUACCACUGACAGCGAUUACAUUUGCAACAAUCGAUACAAGCUUAAAUGCGGCAAUAAAUACAGUUUAAAUCGGGGACAUAAUUUGAUUAAAAAACAUAAAUUCGGCCAAAUUUUACCUUAUAAUCCAGACAUGUCAGUCUAUUUUUGA